UUCUGUUUUAAAUCAGCAAGAAGCAAGACUGAAGAAAAAGCAGAGAAGAAACAAGGAGGUCAACAACGAGACUAUCGAAGGGAAGAAAACCUAGGAUAAGCCCAGCACACCUCUCCUCUCGGGGUUGCCGGUCGCCACAACAGAGAUGGAGUCAAACCGCAGCUUCAGGGGCACGUGGGAGAACUGCACAGUGGAUGGCUUCAAGAGAACUUUUUACCCUGGGGUCUACUUGGUUGUAUUUGUGGUGGGGGUUUUGGGAAAUGGCUUUUCCAUAUUCAUUUUCCUGCUACCUUCUAAAAAACCCAAGUUGGUGAACGUGUUCAUGCUGAACUUGGCUAUUUCGGACUUCCUGUUUGUGUGCACGUUGCCCUUCAGAGCGCACUAUUACCUGAGAGGCUCUCACUGGGUGUUUGGAGACUUAGCCUGCAGGAUCAUGUCCUACUCCUUCUAUGUCAACAUGUACAUCAGUAUUUACUUACUCACUGUGCUGAGCGUCCUGCGCUUUCUGGCUACGGUGUGUCCCUUCAGGCUCUUGCACAUAACUAGCCUCAAGACAGCCUGGAGCCUGUGCGGGACCAUUUGGGUCUCCAUCAUGGCAUCUUCCACUGUCCUUCUAAGCAGUGGAGCGUCCCAGGAUGGCCAGCAGACGAUGUGCUUAGAGCUGACCUCCAACAAAAUCACCAGGUUGAGGAUCCUGAACUUCGUGGUGCUGGGCGUGGGCUUUCUCCUGCCUUUCUGCACGCUGAGCGUUUGCUACGCGCUGAUGAUCAAGACUCUGCGGCAGGUCCAGUUCCCAGAGUCCAGUGCGCGCAUGUCUCAGAAGGCGCUGAUCACCGUGGCCUUCGCCCUGGUUCUCUUCCUGGUAUGUUUCCUGCCCUACCACGUCCUGAGGACGCUUCACCUAAUGCAGUGGAAGGCGAAUGAGUGCAAUGAGCAGCUACACAAGGCUGUCAUAGUCACGGUGGCCCUGGCUGCGUCUAACAGUUGCUUUAACCCUCUGCUCUAUUACUUUGCCGGGGAGAAUUUUAAACAGAGACUCAAAGUGAUGUUCAAAAGGGGAUGUUCACCGGAACAAAUGCACCAGUCUUAUUUGUACGUAGUUAAAAAAAACCAAGCAUGAGUAAGAGAUUUUAAAAAAAGAGAAUAUUCUCAUUAUUCUGUACAUAUUUCCCAUACUACCUUGCACUUAUGCCAUCACGCUAACAACAAAAACACAUGCAUGUUGGUUGAGACUUAUUUUUUUGUAGCAUUUAAAAGCAUGUCCUUCAGGCACACUCUAAGUGGUCAAAUCUGAAAAGGUAAUUUGGAAGAAAGAUAUUUUUACCCGAGGUAAAAAUGGUUGAUGAAGAAUAAUUGUGUUGGGAUUGGUUCCCCAACCCUGUUUGUUUUAAAUUCAGGGAAGUGUCUAGCAGACUCCCUAUGGACACGUGGGGACUUUGAGACUACAUUUCCCGUGAUCCUUAUGGGUUUUCGGUUUCCGGAUUAAGGCUGGGGACUUCCAACAUCCCUACUUAUGGGGCAAUUUAGUAUGGGGCAAUUUAAAUUCUGGAGGAGGGCCUAAAAAAAGCUC